AUGAUGCAGGUGGAAGAGCCCCUCUGGUUCCCUCCGAUUCCAGCUGACCGUGCGGGCUGCCUGUCAGGCAUUCAGUUCCGCGCCGAGCGCCGAGCGCAGGAGUUCGUCCACCCUUUCAUCCCACAGACAUCCAUCUACACUGGCCGUGAUAUGUUCCCACGCCCAGCAGUGCCCGGCUACAGUGGCUUCACCGUGAGGUCAACGGACACGAACAUGCUGAGCCGGCCAUAUGCCAAAGGCAACUGGGAGGCAGCCAGACUCGGCAUGCGACGUGACCUGCUAACAAGCCGCUCCUUGCCAAUCAUCUUUGCACCCGAAGGGAAGCAAAUCCACACCAAAGAGCGGCGGUGA